AUGCCGUCCAAAACCUCAAAAUACGUAUAUCACGGUCACAGCAAGAUAAUCUCAGGUGUUAUAGCAGUUCUUGAAACCACUAACCGACCACUUUCCUUACAAGAGUUGGUUGAUGAAAUGACAAGACGUCAAUUAGUAGUUUUUCAUGGUGCCACUCCGCGUAAUACUGUCAGUGGUGAAAUUAGUAAACUUCUCAAUGCAGUAGGUCCUAACAAUGCUCCCAUCCUAAAAGUUAACCAAGGAAAACUUACCAAAAAACAUGUUUCACAUGGUAAAAUUCAAAAAAGACAUUCAUCUCGCACUACUCGUAAUAAUCAUCAUUCGCAAACUACCAUAAUCUCUUCAGACAAGCAGGAUCAAAAGGAGCGCGUGACUGAUCAGAAAAAACGACGCCAAAUGGAUGAUCUAAAGGCUGCAUAUUUACUUUCUUGUCUUUCUGCACAUUCGUUUUGGCUAAAUUUUAAAAAUGAACCAGAGAAAGAUUUUAAAUAUUUUCUGGAAGCUCAUGUCGGGGAAACUUCUUUGAUUUCUAGCGUAAACGAUGGUGAUCUUAAUAAUAACUCAAUGAAAAUGGAAUCAUGUAUGACAGAAUAUUGA